GAGGUUGGAGGGGGGAACCAUAACCUCUACAUAGAAACUCUCUAUUCGAGAUUAUCAAAAUGGCGUGUUACGGUACUUGAACGAGUAGUUGGAUCAUAUUUCGGUCUCGUGUAGUGCUAAAUUCUUCGUUAUCGAAAUUCUUACAUGUAAAAAAUUCAGUUCUUCUGUCGCGAGAAAAAUUGAGGUAAAACAAAGGAGAAGGAAUAUUAUGACACUAUUAUCGCGGGUCUCAUCGUAGGUAGUUUUGUUUCAUCUCGUAUUGCAAGGUACAAACUCGAUAAUGCAGGAAAUCCUUCUGGCAGCAUUCUCCGUGAUAUCGAGUCUACUGAUCGUAUUUGGCCUCGUAUUAUUGGGCUGGUACUUAGUUUGGAAGUUCUUCCUUUCACGAUUCCGAUUUGUUCGUGAAUUACUCGGUGGGAUGAGCGAGUCUUCAUCGGUCAAUGAUUUGAAGAAUGGUCGAUCUCGUAUAAAGAAAGUUCGUCGGGAUUAACUUCUACACUGUGUUGUAUUGUAGAAGAAUUAGCUUGUGAACAAAACCAUUUACAAAAAGAGCUGUAGUCAGGAUUAUCUAAUCUGGAAUCGUAUUCAAAGAGAAAACAUCAAAAUGUCUAUAAACAUACGCUGUGCAAACACGGAUGAUUUAUUAAACAUACAACAUUGCAAUUUGCAAUGUUUACCUGAAAAUUAUCAAAUGAAAUAUUAUCUUUAUCAUGCUUUAUCUUGGCCGCAAUUGAGUUAUGUAGCAGAAGAUGAAAAAGGAAGGAUAGUAGGAUAUGUUCUGGCUAAAAUGGAAGAGGAUUGCGAAGACAAUCCACACGGACACAUAACCAGUUUAGCUGUGAAACGAUCUCACAGAAGACUGGGCAUUGCACAAAAACUUAUGAAUCAAGCCUCCAGAGCAAUGGUGGAGUGCUUUGGUGCAAAUUACGUUUCAUUACAUGUACGUAGAAGCAAUCGAGCAGCUUUAAAUCUCUACAUAAGCAGUUUAAAUUUUGAGAUCUCUGAAGUCGAACCCAAAUAUUAUGCGGACGGUGAAGAUGCGUACGCCAUGAAGCGUGAUCUUAAAUUUUUCCAUCUGGAAAAAGAAGAAGUAUUCAAAGACGCUUAUACGGACAUUCAUUCAGGGAGAUGCUGCGAUCAUUCAUAGUUGGAUUGGAAUAUUUAUACACGCUUGUAUAUAAAUUGAUCAUCGAAUGAAUUGUGGUGUAUUACGUUAACAUAACACCAUAGUAUUUUGUGUCAUUUUCAAUUAAGAAUAACACGUGAAAAACAAAAAGAAAAGAAAAUGUUCAAUGGUUUAUUUUAACCGACUGAAUGUUCUACCAAUGUGUCAUGGAGAAAAUUUAAAAAAAGAUAUGGAAAAUGUCGUUGCAAAUGUUUUAUAUAUUAUCAUGAAGAUAUCUGUUAGUGAUUAAACGUGGGAAUUGAAGGCGUUAUCGAAUUGAUUCUACAUUCUAUGGUGCAUAUUUGAUUAAUAGUUUGUAACAGAAGAAAAAAAAUAUUGCCUGUAAUUACUUUAAAUACAAUGUACUUGAAACAUGUAAUUUUUAAUAUGCAAAGUAUCUCAGGAAAUAUAAAAUUUCUCUUUAAACGUUA